CAAAAUCAAGAACAGGCUAUGGAAUUUCAAGAAGCUGGUUCAUCAUCAACAAGAGUAAAGAUUGACUUUGUGCAGCCGAUGGCACACAAAGAGAGCAAAUGGAACCAUCGCAAAAGCUUGGCCUGGGACACUGCUUUUUCCACCAACCCUGGAGUGUUAGAUCCUGAAGAAUUGUUUGGGAGCUUAAAGAUUGACGAGAAUGAGAUUGAAGUUGAAGUAAAUCAUAAUCACACACUUCCUUCGAAAACCGAUGCUCGUCCAAGUUUUGCUUGGGACAAUGCUUUUUUUACCGAUCCAGGUGUUCUUGAUGCUGAGGAGUUGUGUCUUGUGAACAAUGGUUUCACCAGUAACACGCAGCUUCGUAAGUCUGCUGAUACGACGACAACUCAAGGAAGCAGAUUUUCUGUGGCCAGCAUUGAGUUUGAUCUGUUCCACGACCUGAGAGCCUCUUUACGUAAUUCACCGAAUGUGAAGCAGACAGUAACUCAAGAGACCCAUCGUAAGUUACCAGAUGGUAUAAAGAGGACUAAAGGAUACAAACAGAAAGUUCAACCUUUGAGUCUCAUUCCUCAACCAAAAGUGUCUUCUUCUUCUUCUUCUUCUUUUUCUUUAUCAUCCAUCUCCAAAUCUUUGACUCCUAGUCAAGCUAUACGCGAGAAGAAAUGUGUUGCAAGUGAACUCGAGAGGAAUAAGGAAAAACACAAGAAUCAUGGUUUUGAAGAACAAUCUGGAUCGAAAUCUAACAUAAGGUCAUCGUAUUCAAGUUACGCAGUCAAGGACUUGACAUCAUCCUACUCUGGUCUGAGGUUACCACUUCCAAAGAUGGGAUUUUUCGACUCGCAGGAGAACGGAGAGAAAGAAAACAGAGAACCAAAUGCUCUUGAAGCAAACAGAAGAAGAAGACACAAAUCCAAACUUGAGACUUCUUCUACACCAGAAAACCGCAGCAUUCUGGGACAACGCAAAACACGAAAGUGAAACGGGCAAUGAUAUAUAUGUCUUGGGUGCGUUACAAGGCAUCGUUUGCAUGUUGAGUUGGAUAAGUCAACUGUCUUCUUUUCUUUUGGUUGUAGUAGCUGCCUUUUUUUUCCUUUGUUGCUUUAAGAAAUAGCCCGAAAAAAAGAAUGUUCUACAUUUCGGAGCAGAAAACUAACCGAAUGAGUUUUUGGUCGGAUCAUCGGAUCGAUCAGAUAUAUUUUGAGUUACGAACUGUUAUAAAAAAAGCCAUAAUUUUGUGUUGAGUUUGC